CAUUAUUUUAGUAUCAUAUAGUUGCCAUGAUGGUGUUUUGUAUUUGUGUGCAUGACACUGUGCACCUUCUAUAUGUGUCUAUAUAUUUAUCUCAACUUGUGAAAAAGCUACUUGUCUUUAGAUAAUUAUUCUGGCAACCACAGCUGAAAUUUUCUGGAUUUUUUUACACUGCUGAACUGAAAGACUGGAAAGUGUCAUUGUUCUCUACAGGUUGUUUAAUUGUGGUGUCACAGAUGAAGGUUGUUCUGCUCUGGCUUCAGCUUUGAGAUCAAACCCCUCACACCUGAGACAAAUGGAUCUGUCUAGAAAUAAAUUAGGAGCUUCAGGAGUGAAUCUGCUGUCUGUUGGACUGAAGGAUCAUCGCUGUAAAUUGGAAAUACUGAGGUUGAGUUAUUGUGGAGUCACAGAGGAAAGUUGUGCUUCUCUGGCUUCAGCUCUGAGAUCAAACCCCUCACACCUGAGAGAACUAAAUCUGUCUGGAAAUAAUCUAAGAUACUCCGACGUGAAACUGCUCUCUAAUCUGAGUGAUGAUCAACAUUAUAAACUGGAGAUGCUUCUGUUUUAGAUGUUAGUCUGACUUCUCUGGAUUAGCUGACGGUCUUCUGCACAAACCCCUAUGGCUUCGGCUCCAUACUGGCAUUAUGAAUCCAAUCUUCAAGCAAAAGGAAAUAGAUGAAUAUUUGAAUGCUACCGAUCCUGAUCUUAAUUGUGAUGCAGCCUGAAUCAUAAUGACACAGUGUUCGUUUGUUGGCCAGAGGAGAACUGGUCCCACAACUGAGCUUGGUGUCUCCCAAGGUUUUUUCUCCAUUCAGUCACCUGAUGGAGUUUGGGUUCCUUGCCACUGUCACCUCUGGCUUGCUUAGUUGGGGACUCUUAAUAUUCUAAAAUGUUAUUGAUUUGACUGCAUUGACACCAUUGGAUGAGAACUGAGCUGAGCUGGACGAUGACAUCAUUUUAAUUUAAUUUUAUUGUUUGGCAGAACUGCUUUAUAGGUGAAAUUAACUAAUUAAAUAAUUGACAACCUUUACAACAGAACUGAAUCAACUCUGAACUGACUUCAGCUAAACAACAGUUGCAAUGUAUAAUUUUCCUGUUAUCACUCUAGAGUAGUGAUGGGAAGUUCAGAUCAUUUUACAGACUAUGAUAUUUGAGUCUUGUUCAUCAAAAUUAGCAAAUCUUUUUCAAGUCACUUCAUUCAUCUCAGCGGAAUAUAAUUAAAAUGUUACAUGUUAAUAGCCAAAUUCUCCAACACAUCUACAUAUGCAACGUCAUUCACAAUUCGAAUAAGAAAACACAGAAAUCACCAAAACAUACACACAAUAGCAAUCAAAACCCCUUCAUAAAAGCUCCCAGUUAGUAUUUAAAAGAUAUGAUUUUAACAUGACACCAUUGCUCAACUGGCCUGUCUCUGCAUGUGUCUACCAUAAAGACUUUAAUAAACAUUCACUGACACCUGCUGUCAUCUGUCUGUGGAAAUCAUCUAAUCUUCUGCUCCUGCAGGUGUAUUGAUGAAUGAUUUGAGAUCAACAGGUUGUCCAGAAAACCCCACAGAUUAACAUUAAAACAGGUCAGAUGUUAGAUCUUUACACUAAUAGAGUGGUUUCACAUUACUCACAAAUAAGGGCACAGCACAUAUUUUCUUCGGGAUCUGAGUAGCUUUGACACUAGACCAUGAAUCCAUCACCAUCUGAAACCCCUAUGUUUCAUACAUGCACAGUGGGUACGGAAAGUAUUCAGACCCCCUUUAAUUUUUCACUCUUUGUUAUAUUGCAGCCAUUUGCUAAAAUCAUUUAAGUUAUUUUUUUUCCUCAUUAAUGUACA